UCCUGACGAAGGCCUGAAACCUAUUGCUUCUCUCGCCUAUCGCAAUUCUUCCACUUCAAAGGACUGCUAUCCCGCCUUCUCUUCUCAGGAGUUUAAGAUGGCCCGGAAAGGUCGAUUCACGAAAAAAUCAAAGUUUGGACCAGGAUUUCAGCAACCUCAAACGGGAGCGACUGCGACUUCGGACCCCCACCAUGAUGGCUCUCAAAUUCACCCGAACAGUGGUGAUAGUGUCCCUACAAGUGGUGAUAGUGUCCCCGCUACUUCACGCCCUUUCCGUCCCCCGCGAAGUAAACCAAGGCCUGCUCCACAGAUGAGCACAAACAGUGUCCAGAACUCGCUGCCAGGCCAUCUAAACUUGGACGCUAAUGCAAACGAGGAAACUCUUGUUGAUGAAGAAGUUGACGACCUCCAUGAUGCUUCUGGAGCUCAGAGUCGCAGAGGACGCAAGACUACAGAGUUUUGGGCGGUUAAGACCAUCGAUUCUGACGGCACAAUCAAGCCGGCGAAACUAAGCGUGAGGGAGGCUAUGGAACGGCCUAACGGUAGGAAGAUCGUGCUCAGGUUCAACAACGCAAAGCAAGCAAUUGGGGACGAAGCUGGACUGUUGAGUGGCGUGCUUGGUCUGCUGGGAUCUGAUUAUGGAAAAUUUCCCAUCUGUAGAAAAAGUUGGUGUCAGAUUUCCACGAAAGACAAGGUGUAUAACGAAUGUGUCAAGGUAAUAGUUUAAAUCCCGGGUAACCUAACUCUGCGUAUUUUUACAAUUAUUGAUUACAUUUAUUAUCUGUGCAGCAAAUUUUUC